AUGCUCAAGGAAAUGAAGUUCGAUGAACAACAAAUUAAAUACAUUAAAAAGAAAAUCAUUGGUAUUUGUAUUCGCACAUCAUAUUAUGUAUUCUGUCAGCGAAACAAAGACAGGAAUAAAGUAUGUUUCGCGUGCUUUGCGCAAUAAGCUGCGUGACAAUAACAAGAACACUCAGACAGACACAAACCAUGCAUGACGAGUCAUUUAAUCACGAUAAAUAUCUUGAGCGCAAUUUCUGGGGUUAUGUAAAAAACGUGCUUAAAACAAAACGGACAGUAUUACCAUCCUUCAGCAUGCCAGAAUCCUCAAUUACUUCAGGAAAAUACUGGCAGAAAUUCAUCCGACUAAAUUAUUUCAAAUUCCAAGUUGGAUUCCUAAGUUAUGUAAUCCUCAAAUUCAAUUUGAACUUGACCCCCCAACCUAUCAACAAAUUACAGCUGUAAUACGUAAAAUGAAAGCAUCUGGUUCUCCUUGCCCUCUCGAUCAGCUCUCAAUAAUAUGUUUUAAACGCUGUUCUUACCUUAGAACUUAUCUCCCCGAACUUAUACGGGCUGUCUGGUUAUCUGCUACCAUCCCUUCUGAAUGGAAAAGAGCUUGUACCAGUCUUAUUCACAAAAAAAGGCGAAGCUAGCGAUCCCUCCAAUUUCCGACCUAUUACACUUGAAUCAAUUCCUUUGAAAGUAUUUACAUCCUGUCUCCGUAAUUCACUGUAUUCCUUCCUCGCCGCAAAUAAUUAUAUCGAACAUAACAUACAAAAGGGCUUCACACCAAAUCUUUCAGGUACUAUGGAGCACACUACUCAAAUGGCGAAUAUUAUAAACAAAGCACGGAUUUAAACAGCGCUCUCUUGUCAUCACUCUCCUUGACCUUAAGAAUGCUUUUGGUGAAGCUCAUCACAACUUAAUUCAAUCUAUACUUGAAUAUCAUCAUAUUCCUGACCACAUCAAAAAUGUUAUCAAAAGUUUAUAUACUGAUUUUAAAACUUCCGUGAUAACUUCUGAAUUCCGCACUCCGUUCAUAACUGUUGGCCGUGGUGUGCUACAAGGCGAUUGUCUUAGCCCUCUGCUGUUCAACAUGUGCUUUAAUACUUUCAUUCAGCACAUAAAAGCUGACAAGUACCGUCAAUUUGGUUUCAUGUUUAACUUCCUCGAUCCCAUUCACUGGUUUCAAUUCGCUGAUGACGCGGCUGUUAUUACUGGCCAAGAUUAUGAAAACCAACACCUCUUAAACCGAUUCACAAUCUGGUGUCAAUGGUCGAACAUGAUAAUCAGAGUUGAUAAAUGUAGCACCUUUGGCAUCAAGAAAAUUUUGACAAAAUCCGUUCAGUACUUACCGAAACUACUAAUUAACAAUGGUCUCAUACCUACUAUCCAAAUGGGAGAAUCUUUUAAAUAUCUAGAAAGAUUCUUUGAUUUUGAUAUGUCUGACCAAGAACACAAAUCUGAACUAAUGUCCCUCAUUGAUGAACUAAUGUCUGAUAUCGACCAUAAACCUCUACACCCAAAAAACAAACUUAUUCUAUAUAACCGCUACGUUCUAUCCAAAAUAUCCUGGCAUCUCACUGUUGCACCCCUGUCGAAAACCUGGGUAACGGAAACAAUCGAUUCUGUGAUUAAUCAAUACAUCAGAAAGUGGCUUGAAAUACCCAUUUCUGGAACAUUAAGUAAUAUUUAUCUAACCAUAACAAAUUCGGUCUGAAUAUCCUCCCUGCAUCAGUCAAAUUUAUCCAGUGUCAAACUGUCCUACGCAACGCCUUAAAAACAUCCCCAAAUGAUUCCAUAAAAGAACUCUGGAAAUCAACUAACAAUCACACUAAUAUUCAGUACGACAUAUAUAAUUCAACAAAGGAAGUUCUCAAGGAUUUUCAUUCUGGGCAGGAAGAUAAGCUUCAACACCGUUUAAUUUGUCAAGGUUCAAUGUUGCAAAGUUUUCCUUUUCAAAGUUAAACACACUUUGGUCUGCCGCUCAAUCAAAACUGCCAAAGAACAUUUUCAACUUCACCGUCCGUUACAUAAAUAACUCUCUUCCUACGCGAAAAAACCUUACAAGAUGGGGUUUAGCUUCAAGUCCCGAAUGUUUCUUUUGUUUGUGCCCUGAAACCCUAUUACACGUGGUAGCCGGCUGCUACCUUCAGCGCUUUACUUGGAGACAUGAUUCUAUUUUAAACUUUCUCGCUGAAACGUUUCAAACAACAAAUCCAUGUCAAUUUUAUGCUGACCUAUCCGGCCACAAAAGCCCGUCAAUUAUAACUGGUGACCUAUAUCGACCGGACUUACUCCUAAUUACCCCAAAUGAAGAUCUUUAUGUCGUUGAACUUACUGUCGGGUUUGAAUCUAAUCUACAUAAUAACGUUGAACGCAAAAAAGCUAAAUACAAAGAUCUAAUUGAAGAUCAAAGGGGUCACUUUAAUUCUGUUAAAUUUGUAAACCUAUCAAUGAGCUCUCUUGGUGUGUUUGACAAAGAAUGCUUCACCUUUUUAGAAAUGUUAGACACUAUAGGAAUGGAUAAAAAGCAGCAACAUUACUGCAUAAAAAAGAUGACGUCUUAUGCCAUUAGAGCGACGUACUAUAUUUUUUUCUGUCGAAACAAAGAGCGGACAAACCCUGAAUUGUUAAACAUUUAAAUUAAUAACUACAUAUAACAAUAUAUAUAAUCAUAUACCCAUUUUAUUCUUGUUUUUACUGUAAAUAGUACAUAUGUAGUACUCUGUGAUUCAUGUAGCCAAUUGUAAAUAACCUAAGUCAGUAGUGAGAUUUUCAAUAAAGUUUUCAUUAUUAUUAUUAUUAUUAUUAUUAUCAUUAUUAUUAUUAUUUGACAUCGAGCAGAGCACGACGUGGUCUGCACAUGUCUGAAGUUUAAUUGAAAUAUUUCGACUUGAUAUUUUACAAUCUAUAAAUUUUGGAUUCAAUAAUAAACUCUAAAAUUUUUAUUGUAUAAGUAUGUAUAUAGAGUAAUAGAGUAAAUAUAAUCGUGCGUUAUAAAAUCAUUUAAUAGUAAUAUAUCAAGUUGCCAAUUGUAAAUUACCUUAUAUAGUGAGAUUUGCAGUUGUAAGUUUAGAAAAUUAAAUAAAGUUUCCAUUAUUAUUAUUAUUAUUAUUAUAUUAUUAUUAUUAUUAUUAUUAUUAUUAUUAUUAUUAUUAUUAUUAUUAUUAUUAUUAUUAUUAUUAUUAUUAUUAUUAUUAUUAUUAUUAUUAUCCUGGAUACGAGCCAAGGUCUCCUUUGCCAUCUUGCGGUCAGCUCUACUUUGUCUCAGAGGGACUAGAGCACCCAGGAGGAUAACAACGAACGUUCAAGAAACGGACUUCGAAGUAGACAAUUCUCUUGCCAAAAUUUAGGCUUAGACUUUUACCAUAAAUUCUUACUAUAACAUAUACUAUAACAUACUACAACAAUUUAGACUCACUUCCUUGUAUAUACUAGUAAUUAGUUAUUAAUGUAGUAGGAUUAUUGUAUUAUUAUUAUUAUUAUUAUUAUUAUUAUUAUUGACAAAUCGAUCAAAUUAUUCUUCAUAUAUUUAUAGCCUAUCAUUUAAUCUUUUGAAAAAGCAAGACUCUUUUUGCAGUAAUAGGUAUACAUCAGUUUAUUUCUGUGAAACUAUUUCUAUGAUAAACAAAGCAAAUCGCUGUGUGAAACGAAAAACUAGUCGCAAAAUUUCCAAGCCGAAACGCACAAAGAGAAUGCUCUUCAUAAGAAAACAAGAAACAAACAAAAGUAAAUUCUAUUAGGUAGUUUUACAUGAAUAAAAGGAUUAAUAAAAAGCUUUGAGUCCUGUCAAAAAUCUAAUUUUUUUUCAAUUUUAAGCUGGUUUUCAAGAGUGCAUAUUUAUGUGUGACCAGUUAGCCAGAACUGGCCUUCAAGUUUGGCUCCAAAUUUCCGGUUGGAAGUGGCGUUUUAAUUCAGCUCAAUGCCACCAUGCAUACACGAACCGAUCAUUGAUGAACUUUUCAAUCUGCUAGAAUUCCUUUUCAUAGCUACCUGUUAAUAGUCAAGCAGAAUUAGUAUACCUUCGCUACGCGCGCGGGCUCUGGGCUAUACUAUAGUAUUCAGAACAUUUCAACAUUAAGAAUAAAAAAUACACUCUGUUCUUUUUAUACGUCCUCUAUACUAACAUUAAAUAUUCCCACGAGUGUCGCAAGCUUAAUAAUUUAUAUAUUUUAUUUUAUUUUUUCUAACCAUUCCGCAGAUGCUAUAAAACGUCAUGUUCAAUUUGAGAGGCAAAGUAAGGGACUUCAAGAACAGACUAAAAAAUGCGAGAAAUUAAAGUUUAUGAGGGAUUGGCUUGGUCAAGCAGCUAAUAAACGGUUAGGAUUGCUAAUUAAACAAAAAAUACUAGAAAGCGAAAUCGCCCUACUUAAUCGGGAAAUGCAGCACUUGACGAAAAUUCAGGAACUUCAAAGUCAAUUAAACAAAGAGAUUUUACAACUUGAAGAACAGAAUAAUAACAAAAUCAGCGAGAUUCAACAACUUCAAGAAAAGGAAAAUCAUAUGAGUAACGAAACACAAGAAGUUCAACAAUUAAAAAGUCACAUUCAGCAACUUGGGGAAGAGAGAAAUUAUAUGAACAAUGCAAUACAGAAACUUCAACGAGAAAACAGUGAUAUAAGCAAUGAAAUGCAGCAACAUCAAGAAGAGACAAUUUUAACAAGCAACGAAAGGCAGCUACUGCAACCAGAAAGCCAUGAUGAAAUUCAGCAACUUCAAGAACGAAACAAUGGCAAAAGCAGAGAAAUUCAGCAACUUCAAGAAGAGAAAGAUCAUAUCAAUGGCGAAGUGCAAGAACUUCAACAAGAUAAAAUUGAAAUGAACAACGAAAUUUUACAACUUCAAGACCAGAACAGUAACAAGAGCAGCGAGAUUCGGCAACUUCAAGAAGAGAAAGAUCAUAUCAAUGGCAAAGUGCAAGAACUUCAACAAGAGAAAAUUGAAAUAAACAACGAAAUUUUACAACUUCAAGAACAGAACAGUAACAAGAGCAGCGAAAUUCAACAACUUCAAGAACAGAAGAAUCGUACGAGUAACGAAAUACAAGAACUUCAACAAGAGAAAAGGCAAAUGAAGAACGAAAUUUUACAACUUCAAGACCAGAACAGUAACAAGAGCAGCGAGAUUCGGCAACUUCAAGAAGAGAAAGAUCAUAUCAAUGGCAAAGUGCAAGAACUUCAACAAGAGAAAAUUGAAAUAAACAACGAAAUUUUACAACUUCAAGAACAGAACAGUAACAAGAGCAGCGAAAUUCAACAACUUCAAGAACAGAAGAAUCGUACGAGUAACGAAAUACAAGAACUUCAACAAGAGAAAAGGCAAAUGAAGAACGAAAUUUUACAACUUCAAGACCAGAACAGUAACAAGAGUAGCGAGAUUUAA